AAUGUGUUAUUCUAGUACCAAAGCAAAUCAAACAAUGCCACGAGCAGUGAUCCUUCGACCUCCCUCUUAUUUGCUACAAGCGAUGAAGAAAGAUAUAAAAGCUGUGAGCCGUUAGCAUUAACAUGCCCCAGCUGCUCUACUUCUUUCAACUGUCCAUCUAUUGCUAGUUCUGUUUGUGCGUCAGUCAGUAAGAAACCUGCGACACCUGAAACAGAGGAAUCUGAUUCCUCAUUCUGGCUUAAACUGCAUUGCCCGAAAUGUCAGCAGGAUGAUAUCACUGGAAGAAUAUCCCCUGCUAUGAUAGCUAACCAGGUGAAAAGACAGCUUGAUGGAUUUGUGUCAAUGUAUUACAAAGGCAUAAUGGUGUGUGAUGACGAGUCUUGCAAGCACACAACCCGCUCCCCCAACUUUCGCUUGCUUGGUGAACGUGAACGAGGCACAGUUUGCCCAAACUAUCCUAACUGUAACGGAACCCUUUUAAGAAAGUACACUGAAGCGGAGUUGUACAAGCAACUGUCAUAUUUCUGCCACAUCUUAGACACACAAUACUCUCUAGAAAAGAUGGAUGUUGGCAUGAGAAUUCAAGUAGAGAAAGCAAUGACGAAGAUAAGGCCUGCGGUUGAAUCAGCAGCAGCCAUCACUCGAAGUAUUAGAGACCGUUGUGCUUAUGGAAGGCUGCAACUCACAGACAUAGCUAUUUGAUAGUUGUAAUAAUCAUCUACAUGUAAUAGAGGAACCAUGACCAGUUUGACGCCGGAUCAUCAUCAUUUUCUAAAGCAGAGUGGCUGUGGGAAAGCACAUUUCUUGAGGUGGUUCCAUCGAGUGAGGAGC